UGUGUAUUUCUUUCACGUGCGUGCAUGCAUGCUUGCGUGCUGCAGGGGUGUGUGCUUCUUUACGUCUUUUUCCAGCUCCCUGCAGCUCCUACACGCCUGUCUUUGGCUGGUGGAGUGAGCGGGAAGCUGUGCGGCAGAGGAUCUGCAGAAGAACGGGUUCUAGUCUCACCAUGGCCUUCAAACUCAGCGUGCUGGUGCUGUUACUGGCUGUCGCCAUGGCAACAGUGGUGGCCCAGAGGCGGCGGCUAAAUCCAAAGGUGUCUGAUGAAUGGAACUACAGGGAUGGAUCUGAACAGGUCAACAUUCGCGGCGUGGCCAACCUGACGCAGGUCCUGGACGACUGGAGGUUCGAUAUUCUCAGACAGAUGAGAGGUCUGUUGGAGAACGACCACCAGUCGCUGCUGCCCGACUACGCCAGGAUCCAGCCACUGUCGGAGGCCUUGGACGACCUCUACAAGGAGUUCAACGCCCUCAAGGCUCACCUAGGCGAUCUGUCCGAGAAGUUCGCCGCCAUGGAGACGUUCAUAGACGAGCUCAAGGCCAGUGGUGCCAACAACCCGAGCCCUGCAGGGGGCGCUGCGGCCAGUCCUGCAGCGGCCCCCAGGCUCCCUGGGAGGAGGGUGAUGAGGAAGAAAACCAGCACCCCCACUUAAGGAGCAUCCGCUGCUCUGUCUCUUUCCUGCCUGACAGGUCAUCCUGUCUCUGUUCUGAAGCCCACCCCUCCAGAAGUUUUGCAAUGAUCCAGGAUUUUCCAGCUGUAAGCGUUCCCACGGGUCUUUAGGUUGUAACGGCGCCAUUUUAUAGCCAAAAUCCAAACCCUGUGUUAUGUUAUCUGACAUAGUUUCUGCAGAGCGACAGCAGUUCAAAUUUACCUCUGAGUUGUGGGCGGGAAUGUUGGCUCGAAACCCGCCUUCUUCCCAUCAUUCCUUUGUUUACAUGCUCUCUAAGCUUACAGCCCCCCACACCCCCAGCCCAACAUUAGCAGUGCAACAAAAAGGGCAGCAGUGUCGUAGCUAUCCAUCCGUCCAGUUCUGAUCCAGAUUCCAGCUCAGACCAGGAAAACAGAUGUUCACGGAUCCGUUGGUCUGCAGGUGGAUGUCAGAAAGGGGCGGAGCUUGGAGCUAACGGCCCUCUGACUGUAGUUCUGCUUCACAAAUAAGAUCAUUUUCAAACUGCCUUUUUUUUCAUCUGCGCCUGAUUCAGAACAAUUUGAGGAAAGAAA